AUGGGAAAAUACUUUAACAAUGCAUCAAGCAAAUUAUUCCCACCCUAUGAGGAGAUCAUUAUUUCAUUGUCAAAGUUUGGUUACGUGCUGUUCGCCUUCCUUGCUGGUGUAAGAAUGGACCCAACCUUGAUUGGGAAAACAGGAAGAACAGCCUUCAUUUUGGGGUUUCUAUCGUCCGUCACUGCUUUCAUAAUCAUAGAGUCUACUGGGUUCCUAUUUCCUAAAGGAUUGAAGACUGUUGGAACGAAAAACGCAAAGGUGAUGUUUGCAAGAAUAUAUAUGGCUUGUAUGAUCCAGACCCAAUUUGUUGGAGUCAGUUUCAUUUUAAUGCAGCUGAAGAUGAUAAACUCACAGCUUGGACACAUUGCUCUGGCAUCGUCUUUGGUCAAUGAAUUGUUAAGGCUGGCAUUUGGAUUUAUGUCCGGCUUCCUUUUUACCUUUAAAGUUUCCGAACGGGCUGGAGUUCAGACCAUUAUUUUUUCCCUUAUAUUCGUCGUGUUAAUUCUAACCCUAAUGAAGCGACUCAUGUUUCUAGUUGUUAGAAUAACACCAGAAGGUCAGCCUGUGAAGGAAAUCUAUGCUACUGUUACUGUGGCAACGGUAUUUUUAAUUUCGACAUGGGGUGACAGCAUAGGCCUAAAUUACCUGGUCGGCCCUUUGAUACUCGGCUUAGUGCUGCCUGCAAGGUCUCCAUUAGCUGAAAUCCUGAUAGCAAAGUUCGAUACAAUUGUUUCCGGGUUUCUUCUGCCACUCAUGGCAAUGCUUUAUGCGUCAAAAGUCGAUCUGUGGCAAAUUAUGAAAGAGUUUGACAGUCUUCUCAUUUUUAAAAUUUCGUUGAUAGGAUUCACAGUGAAGGUGGCGGCAACUUUUUUUCUAGCGAAGUUUUGCAAGAUACCUCCAAGGCAUGCCGUUGCCCUCGCUUUGAUCUUGAACGCCAAAGGGAUCAAUGAACUAGGAACGUUAGGCAGCUACAGCACUUUUCGGCCACUAGUCAAAAUGCUCUACCAUCCUGCAGAGCAUUACCUGAGCUACAAGAAAAUGAGUGUUGAACAUGCUUCAGGAGAUGAAGAGCUCAAGAUACUGACCUGUGCAUAUAGACAGGAAGAUGCCGUUGCAGCAAUCAAGCUACUAGAAUAUUCAAAUCCUACACAAGAAAGUCCUUUGUCCAUUCAUGGACUCUGCCUAGAGGAACUUUUUAGCAGCUUUACACCUCUUUUAAUAAACCAUCAAUUAGGCCAGAAGAACUCUUCUUCCAAAGGAUCUCGCUCGCAACCCAUCGUCGAUAUCUUCAGGUACUUGAAGUCAGAACACAAGAAGUCAGUUCAAGUGCAAGUAUUCACUGCAAUAUCACCGCUUAAACAGAUGCACGAGGACAUAUGUUGGCUCUCAUUCAACAAGUCGUGUUCCCUGAUAGUUCUCCCAUUUCAUAAGAAAUGGAACAGCAAAGGCAAAAUGGUUUCAAACAACAAUGAUUUGAGGAAUUUGAACAUUAAAGUAUUGGAACUGGCCCCUUGUUCUGUAGGAAUUCUUAUCGAUCGCAGUAGAACACACGGCUUAUCUUCUAUUUUUAUCACAUCAGCGACAUAUAGAGUGGCAACAAUAUUUGUUGGAGGCCCAGAUGACAGGGAGGCAUUGGCGUAUGCCUUAAGGAUGGCAAGAAGCCCCAAAGUCCAUCUAACAGUAGUGCGUUUCAUCGGGCAUGAUGAUCACGCCCAUCGAAGGUGGCAGUUUAUGAUAGACGAAGACCUUCUGAGAAGGCUGAGAACUGCGAUGCCAGGAGGUACUGAUAUAAAUUACAUUGAGAAGACGGUGAGAGAUGGAUCUGAUACAUCUUCCACAAUUAAAUCAAUGGUUGGAGAUCAUGAUCUUAUCAUGUUAGGACGCCGCGGCCAUGGAACUGAGUCUGAAGCUUUAUCAGGCCUAUCAGAAUGGACUGAUUUGCCAGAGCUUGGGCCGAUAGGGGACCUGCUAGCUUCGGAAGAUACCACUUGUCCAGUUUCAGUGUUGGUGGUUCAACAACAAAUAAGAAAAGAGAGUCCUAAGAUUGCUUGGAAAUUCUGGUAG